UAACAAGGACUGCAAUUCCCGAAAUGCACCGCGUGCAAGAAUCCCCAUUGCCCGUCUUCAGAGAUCCACACGUAGUCUUAUUUCUGUGGUUACGCUUCAGUCGUUGAACGAGGUGCGAAUUGGAAUACUUUGCUUGAUCCUUACCCAAGCUUUUCCGAAUUUAGGAUAAGUGUGGGUUCUCCAGGCUUCCAGACGUGACUUUGUGCAUGGUUCCGAGCUCCAGUAAGAAGAUUUUGAAGACUCGUGGUCAGCUCAAAGCCACGUACAGGAUUUUUUCGCUCCUUCGAUUUCGUCAGGACUUUUGGAACGUUGCUGCACAUAAAAUCUUUUUAUUUUUAGUAUUAUUACAAUACAUCAGAAAGUCUUUGAACUGUCCGAUAUAACAGGCGCUUAGAGGUUGCAAGAAACAUUAGACAUUGCCAAAAGUUUAUUAUUAAAUUCGCGAUCCCUUUCAACACAUUAACACGCUUUAUUUAAGGAUAUACACCCUAUAAACGUGUAUUUAUUGCUUUAGAUUAUUUUUCAACUUGGUCUGCUUCAGUCCGUUUUAAACCUAGGAGUCGCGUAUUCUCGACCGUCUGUAUCCCAUUUAAAAUCGUACUGUAUAAUUAUUCAUUUUACUGCUCCCCAAUCCACCAACGAUGUCUUUUGGUGCGCGGGCAUUGGUCCACUUUUUGCGGCCGUCUUGUGUGCUGCUGCUCUCGGCUUUAUCGGUGCUCCAUGCCGGAGCCGACCAGGCCAAGCAGAAGGCGUCGGCGGCCGGGAAGGAAAGCCAGUCGACGGCCACACUCCGCGGCAUGUUCAGCGGAAAGAGCCGGGAGCUCCACGGCUUCGUGGAGUCACUCAUGGGAAUUGGCGCCAUCCGAACAGCUGCAGAGUUUCUGGGAACGGUGAUCCGCUUCCUGGCCGAAGGAGCUGCCAGUGGCCUCAACGUCAUCGCCGUGUACGUCACAGAGAUCCUCAGGGUCACAGGAUUUGAUGCCCUCACACUACCCCGCUUCACCCCAGAGGGCGUGACCACAGUGGCCCAGUGGGCUGUCGUGGCCGUCGUCGGCUACUGGGUUCUGACCAUCCUCCUGCGCUUCUUGAUCGACACACUUCGCCACGUCUUCUGGUUGGUGAAAAUGGCAGUGGUGCUGUGGAUCUUCGCCAUGAUCGUGAGCGACGGCAGCGCCAGCGCCGACACCACGGCGGUGCGCCUGGGCGGCCUGGUGCUGGGGUACAUCGUGUUGACCCUGCUCACCACCGGGUCGAACAAGACCGGCGCACUCGAGCAUCGUCUGAAGAGCCUGGAGGGCCGAGUGAAGGCAGUGGAAAAGAGGAAAGGGCACUAGUGAGGAAACAUUGGACAAAAGGUGACAGUGAGGAGCCAUCACUUUUCGUUUCUAUGUUCAAGCAAUGGUGGGCAAUAAAGUGGAUUUUUAAUCAG